AUGAGGAAAAGGACGAGGCGCAAGCGAUAUGUACCGACUGGUAAGAAAACGGGAAAGAGAACUCACGUAAAGAUUGAUGGGAUUACGUCGGAAUCGGGCGAUCUUCAUCUCUGUAACGAACCUGCCUCUACCCAUGAUGGUGGUACACAUGUAAUUAAUUUUUUAUUACUUUUUUUUAGCUGUACAUCAAAGUAUGUGGGUGAAUACUGUCAGUACCUGAACCCGUGUCAUACUGGACCGGGUCCCCGUUGUCAAAAUGGGGGUUCGUGUCAGGUACGAGUCACUCCCGGGGCGUCACCCAGUUUCGUCUGCAUUUGUCCCUUGGGUUUUAGCGCGUCCCUUUGCGAAAUACCAAUUGCCAACUCGUGUGACAGAAGACCUUGUCUAAAUGGCGGGACGUGCUCCCUGAGAUCCCUUGACACCUAUCAGUGUUCAUGCGCCUCAGGAUUCACAGGAAAACAUUGUGAAAGUCGCGAUCAUUGCGCCUCACAGCCGUGUCGGAAUGGCGCUGUCUGUCAUUCUGUUGGCGACUCGUACAAGUGCAUCUGCUCAACCGGAUUCACCGGACCCGGUUGCAAGGAUGACAAGGACGAAUGCAAACAGAAGCCUUGCAAACACGGGAAAUGCCACAACACCCACGGCAGCUACACAUGUACGUGUGACGAAGGAUAUACUGGAAAGGAUUGCGAAAGUGAAUAUAUUCCAUGUGAUCCAAGUCCUUGCAAAAACGGAGGUGCGUGUAGGCAGAGGGACAAACAUUCCUACACCUGCGAAUGUCCCACAGGUUUUCGCGGUCAAAAUUGCGAAGAGAACAUUGACGAUUGUCCAGGGCACCAGUGCCAAAAUGGAGCAACGUGUGUGGACAAUAUCAAUUCCUAUACGUGCCAGUGUCCAUCAACUUAUACAGGGCGUUAUUGCGAACAAGAUGUCGACGAAUGUUCCUUAAGGCCAUCCGUUUGCCAAAACGGCGCUACUUGUACCAACAGUGUCGGAGGAUUCUCCUGUAUUUGCGUAAACGGAUGGACAGGGCCGGACUGUUCCGUAAACAUCGACGAUUGUGCUGGAGCUGCUUGUUUUAAUGGCGCUACUUGUAUAGACAGAGUUGGGAGCUUUUACUGCCGUUGUACGCCCGGAAAAACAGGGCUGCUCUGCCAUUUGGACGACGCAUGUACGAGCAAUCCUUGCCAUGCCGAUGCUAUCUGCGAUACGAGUCCAAUCAAUGGCUCGUACACAUGCAGUUGUGCCUCAGGAUACAAAGGAAUCGACUGUUCGGAAGACAUUAACGAAUGCGAACAAGGCUCCCCAUGCGAACAUGAUGGUAUUUGCGUGAACACACCAGGGAGUUUUGCAUGCAAUUGCACCCAAGGCUUCACCGGACCCCGUUGUGAAACAAACGUUAACGAAUGUGAAAGUCAUCCAUGUCAAAACGAUGGGUCCUGUCUAGACGAUCCUGGCACAUUUCGAUGCGUUUGUAUGCCAGGAUUCACUGGUACUCAGUGUGAAAUAAACAUAGACGAAUGUAAAGAAAAUCCUUGCUUAAACGGAGGGACUUGUGAAGAUCUAAUUAACUCGUUCAAAUGUACAUGUGCCACAGGAUUUACGGGAUCAAGAUGCCAAAUAAACAUCGACGACUGCGUUUCUAGUCCUUGCAGGAACGGCGGAAUAUGCCACGACUCUGUAGCCGCCUAUUCCUGCGAAUGUCCCCCAGGAUUUACAGGAUUAUCUUGCGAAACUAAUAUUAACGACUGCGCGUCCUCCCCAUGUCAUCACGGGGAGUGCAUAGAUGGGGAGAACUCCUUCACGUGUACCUGUCAUCCAGGGUACACCGGGUCCUUGUGUCAAUCCCAGAUCAACGAAUGCGAGUCUAAUCCGUGCAUGUUUGGCGGCGACUGUCAGGACCUAGUCAACGGGUAUCAGUGCAUUUGUAAAGCGGGAACGUCGGGACCCAACUGCGAGAUAAACGUCAACGAAUGCUACAGUAACCCGUGUAGAAAUGGCGCCAGAUGUAUCGAUGGGAUCAAUAGAUACACUUGCGAAUGUAUACCUGGUUUCACCGGUCAACACUGCGAAACCGACAUAAACGAAUGCGCGUCAAAUCCCUGCGCCAACGGGGGAGUUUGCAUCGAUCUAAUUAACGGGUUUAGGUGCGAAUGUCCCAGAGGAUACUACGACGCCCGUUGUCUCAGCGAUGUUGACGAAUGCAAAUCGAACCCGUGUAAAAAUGGCGGAAGCUGCGAGGAUGGGGUCAACCAGUUCAUCUGCCACUGUCUUCCAGGUUAUGGGGGAAAACAGUGUGAAAACGAUAUCGACGAAUGUGCUUCAAAUCCUUGUCAACAUGGGGGAUUGUGCAGAGAUCAUUUGGCCUCCUACACGUGCGAGUGCAUCCCUGGAUACGCAGGGAUCAACUGCGAAACGAACAUAGACGACUGCGCGCUAAAUCCUUGCAAAAAUGGGGGAUCCUGCAUCGACCAAGUGAACGAUUACAAAUGCAUCUGCGAACUUCCAUUCACUGGAAGAAAUUGCCAGGAAAAAUUAGAUCCCUGCUCCCCAAAUCGUUGUCGACACAAUGCCCGCUGCGCUCCCAGCUCCAACUAUCUGGAUUUCGCCUGUUCCUGCAGCGUGGGAUUCACCGGAAGAUUGUGCGAACAGGAUGUGGACGAGUGUCAAGUUUCGGCUCCCUGUAGGAACGGAGCGACCUGUAGGAAUACCAACGGCUCCUACCAGUGCAUUUGUGCUCGAGGAUACGAAGGCAGGGAUUGUACAGUAAAUACGGACGAUUGUGCUUCGUUUCCAUGCCAAAACGGAGGGACGUGUCUGGACGACAUUGGGGACUACAUCUGCCUUUGUGUAAACGGGUUCGAAGGGAAACACUGCGAAAUUGACGUUGACGAGUGCCGAUCGAACCCUUGCCAAAACGGAGCCACCUGUAACCAAUACGUCGACUCGUACACCUGCACUUGUCCUUUAGGGUUCUCCGGGAUAAACUGCCAAACAAAUGACGACGACUGUACGGACAGCAGUUGUAUGAAUGGAGGCACGUGUAUCGAUGGUAUCAACUCCUAUACUUGUACUUGUAGACCAGGGUACACCGGAUCGAAUUGCCAGAAUAGAAUCAACCUGUGCGACAGUUCACCAUGUCUGAAUGGGGCCAAUUGCCAGGACCAUGUAACCCAUUACACGUGCCACUGUCCCUACGGGUAUACGGGUAAUGACUGUGGAGAUUACGUGGAUUGGUGUGGAACGAACCCAUGUGAAAAUGGAGCGACUUGUCGCCAGACCAAGAACCAGUACCAUUGCAUGUGCGCCCCGGGAUGGACGGGGAAAGUUUGCGAUGUCGAAAUGGUCAGUUGUAAGGAUGCGGCAUUACGGAAAGGUGUUCCCCAUAAGCACCUUUGCAACAACGGCACCUGCGAGGACAUCGGAAAUUCUCACCGUUGCCAUUGUUUGGAAGGAUACACGGGGUCGUAUUGCCAACGCGAAAUAAACGAAUGCGAAUCGGCCCCGUGCCAAAACGGCGCCACUUGCAAAGACUUAAUCGGCAGCUACUCAUGUCAAUGUACCAAAGGUUUCCAAGGCCAAAAUUGCGAACUCAACGUCGACGAUUGCAAACCGAAUCCGUGUCAGAACGGCGGGACUUGUCACGAUCUCGUGGACACUUUCCAAUGUUCGUGUCCACCCGGUACCUUGGGGUACAUUUGCGAAAUCAACACCGACGACUGUAGACCCGGGGCUUGUCACAACAACGGCACAUGCAUCGACAAGGUUGGAGGCUACGAAUGCAAGUGUCCUGCGGGAUUCGUCGGACCUCGAUGCGAAGGCGACAUUAACGAAUGCCUGUCAAAUCCCUGUUCGGCACCUGGCACUCUCGAUUGCGUCCAACUGGUCAACGACUACCAUUGCAACUGCAAACCCGGCUUCAUGGGACGCCACUGCGAAGCCAAGGUCAACUUUUGCGCCAACAGUCCGUGCCAAAACGGAGGAGUCUGCGCCACCAUCAACGCAGGACACAAAUGCACUUGCCAAGACGGGUUCUACGGGAAGAAUUGCGAGUUCAGUGGCUACGACUGCGAUUCCGAUCCUUGCCAGAACGGCGGUAUUUGCAGGAUAUCCGAAGGGGGCGGAUACACGUGUGAUUGUCCUCUGGGCACUUCCGGGCGCAAUUGCGAAAUCGAUUCUCUGAACGAGUGUGACAGUAAUCCUUGCCGUCAUCCCGAAGCCACUUGUCAGGAUAAACUGGGAGACUACGCGUGCUACUGUCCUCCAAAACAUUCCGGGAAGAAUUGCGAGAUCUACGACAGGAGUUCCCCUGGAGGUGUGGGACAUCCAGUCACUGGAGUUCGUAAAGAAAAUCCCAACAAGUUCCUCGCCAUCGAUCUCGAAAUCCAACGCAAACUGUGCACGAAAAACAACUGUCGAAUGAAACGACGGAACUUCAGAUGCGACGAGGAAUGUAACAAUUACGCGUGCGAUUUCGACGGGGGCGAAUGUUCUCUGGGUCUGAACCCGUGGCUCAAUUGUACCGCACCCAUACGCUGCUGGGAAGUCUUUAUGGACGGCACCUGCAACGAGGAAUGCAACAACGCCCAGUGUCUCUUUGAUGGACGAGAUUGCGAAAAGACUCUUCCAUUGUGCAACCCCGUGUACGAUGCCUACUGUCAAAAACAUUACGCGAACGGUUACUGCGACUACGGUUGCGAUAACGCUGAGUGCAACUGGGACGGAUUAGACUGUGACAAAACACCUCCAGCAUUGGCGGACGGCGUUAUUUCCAUGGUACUGUUGAUGGAGAUGCAGACGUUCAAACAAAACCUGACCGCGUUCCUCAGGGACACCAGCUACCAACUCAGAACCACUGUAAGAGUCAAGAAGGACCAAAUGGGUAACGACAUGAUCUACCCAUGGUCAGGAUCCACCGCGAGAACAGAUCUUCAGGACACCUACUAUCUAAACAAACACAACGUGGUGUUUACCGAACAAGGUGGUAGUACAGGGGUCAAGGUCUAUCUGGAAAUCGACAACAGGAAAUGUUCCACCGUUGACACCAGUACGGAUUACUGCUUUCAAAGUGCUAACGCAGCAGCUGAAUUUCUGGCCGCCAAAGCUUCCAGACAUGUCCUGUCCGAAUCGUUCCCGAUAUACCAGGUGGACGGAUUGACGGAACCCACAGAAAAUCCAGCUGAAGCGUCUACCAAUGUGAAGUACGUCAUCUUCGGAAUUUUGAUCGUCAUCUGUAUCGGCGGUAUCAUCGGGAUCAUCGUCACAACGCAACGCAAACGGGCAACCGGAAUAACAUGGUUUCCCGAAGGAUUUCUAAGAACCAAUUCGGGCACCAGACACAGAUCCAGAAGACGCGGUCCAGACGGUCAAGAAAUGCGCAAUUUAAACAAGAAUCCUUCCAUUCCUUGCAUGGAUAUAGACAUGGGAGGUCACGUGCAGCACAUGGGACACCACCAUCACCAUCACCACCAUCAACCCUGGUCAGACGACGAAUCCGACGUGCCCCAACCGAAGAGAAUGCGUGUCCUAGAAACUGCCGGAGGUUACGCAAGCGAUCACACGGCCAUCACCGACUACGAAGAAGCGGAACCCAGAGUGUGGACCCAGCAACACCUGGACGCCGCCGACAUCCGACUACCAGCAUCGAUGCUGACUCCUCCGCCGCAAAACAUUGACGCUAACGACGUAAACGCGCGAGGACCCUGCGGAAUGACCCCCAUUAUGGUGGCAGCAGUUAGAGGGGGAGGAAUCGAUACAGGGGAAGACGAGGAGGACGAAGCGGCCGGCAACGUCAUCCAGGAUCUGGUAGCGCAAGGCGCGGAAUUGAACGCUAUGAUGGAGAAAACGGGAGAAACGUCGCUCCAUCUGGCGGCACGAUUCGCCAGGGCGGACUCGGCAAAGAGGUUGCUAGACGCGGGAGCGGACGCCAACGCGCAGGAUAACACGGGCAGGACGCCGCUACACGCAGCCGUCGCGGCGGACGCCGUCGGCGUCUUCCAGAUCCUUCUGAGGAACCGCGCCACUAACUUGAACGCUCGCAUGCACGAAGGGACCACUCCUCUCAUCCUCGCCGCAAGACUGGCCAUCGAAGGCAUGGUUCAGGACCUUAUCAGUGCCGAAGCCGAUAUAAAUGCCGCCGACAAUUCCGGAAAGACUGCGUUACAUUGGGCCGCCGCUGUAAAUAACGUCGAAGCUGUAAAUAUACUGCUGGCCCAUGGAGCCAACAGGGACGCCCAAGACGACAAAGACGAAACUCCCCUGUUCUUGGCAGCCCGAGAGGGUUCGUAUCAAGCGUGCAAAGCACUCCUGGAAGCCUACGCAAAUCGGGAAAUAACCGACCACAUGGAUCGACUACCGAGGGACGUGGCCAGUGAAAGACUCCAUCACGACAUAGUCCGACUUCUCGAGGAGCACGUCCCUAGGAGUCCCCAAAUGAUCAACGUAGUCACGAGCAGUUCAAUGAUAACGUCACCAAAUGGUCAAAUGAUCCAACAGCCUACGGUGAUAGUUCCGAAACGACAGAAGUCGAAGAGGCCGUCGAAAUCGUCGGCCAUGGUCGGAGGAGGGAAUAACGGUCCCUUGGAUCCCGCGAGUCCCGAAGUGGAAGGCGCCAACACGGGCUGCGGAGGUGGCAGCGUCAGGCGGAAAGCCAGCAUAAAAAAGAACGCGAACAACAAGAAGACUUCUAGUAAUAACAACAACAACAACAAUAACAAUAACACGUUGGCAUCGUCACACGGCGUCGUGGACAUCGUUCAGAGUGUCGAUUCGAUCGGGUCCACGCUGAGCCCUGUCGAAUCUCCGAUGACGAACGGUUCGAUGCCAAGCCCGUACGAUACUGCAAGCAUCUAUUCAAACAUGGGUAUGGCGGCGGGACUGGAGGGGUUACUUUCGGCUGCGAGUAAACAGCCGCCGAGUUACGAGGACGUUAUUAAAAGUAAUCAGCAAACGUUGCAAUCCAUCCUCAAUCUCGAUAACUAUGGAGGAUUCAGCCUGACAAAUUUUCAGGACCACCUAAUCCUGCAGCAACGACAAAUGCAGCAGCCAAACACACUGUCUCCCCCUUAUUCGAACCAUUCACCCCCCCAUUCGGUCCAGUCGAACAUGUCCCUGUCUCCCCAAGGUUUCGGUGGGGGAGGUUCGUCGUCCCCCGCCAAAACGCGUCCCUCAUUGCCCACCAGUCCCACCCACAUAGCCGCUAUGCGUGCUGCGACCCAACAGAAACACGGCGGCAUCCCCCCACAGACCCAAAACCUCCCCAUGGGCUUCGAUUUUAGUCAGGCGGGCCUCGAACAACUGCCCCUCGUCUAUCAGAACAACGCGACGGGCGCGGGGAGCGGCCUACAACCCCAACAGUACCACCAACAGCAACAGCAACAACAGACCCAACAACAGCAGCAGUUUUACUUGACGCCCCCCUCGCAACACUCCGAUUUAACCCCCCAACAUCAUCAUCUGGCGCCCGACAAUUUUCCUACGCCAAGUCCCGAAAGUCCCGGACAUUGGUCCUCUAGUUCCCCGCACUCGUGUACAUCUGAUUGGUCAGAAAAUAUCACGAGUCCCAACACUUAUUCGUCUGCGGGGCACCAAACCAACAAGGGGUCAGAUGCAAUCUACAUUUGAAGGUAAUUAACUCUUAUAAUGUAAUUAUGACUAUUGUUGUUUAUUAAUUUUGACGUCGGGGGUGAAAGUGAAGUGAACUGUGUACACGUUGGCGGGUGGUGCAUCUCGGAAUAAACAAUCGUGACGAAAAAGUUUUAUUAUUAUUAUAUAAUAUUAAUUGUUGCAAUCUCGAUCUCCGAUCCGUUUUAUUUUAUUUUAUUUUUUUUGUAUGGAUUAAUUAACGUUAUAUUUCUAUAGGAAUUACUUAGCAGUGUAGGUAGUUUUUGUGGAAGUUGUACAAACAAACAAACAAUCGGUAAUAUUUUGAAAACAAAACACCUUCGUGAUAGUAGUGUUUUUUUUUAUAAUUCUUCGUUUGUUUUUGUUUCGAUACAAAUGCUGGAAUCCGUGAAGGGUUUUUUGAGAUCUAAUAACAAAUUUUCGUAUUAAGCCAAAAAACCUGUUCAUAGAUCUUUUUCUUCUUCAUAAAAACAUUGGUCUUAUCUCAAAAUUAUUUCGCUUUAUUUUAUUUUAACAUAUUUUGAAAACUUUACUACUUUUCUUAUUGUACAACGUCCCGCUAAUGUUGAAAACUUUCUGUAAUUCUUACGUCACAAAAUGGAAUGGUCUCUCUACAUUAUCCCGUAACGUACCAUCAAAAAAGAAAAACAAAAGACCUCACGUUUGAACACAAAACAAAUUUGUUAUCGCUCUUUUUUUUAUUUUACGUACAUACAUAUAGCGUUGUAAUAUGUUUUAUAGUUAGUUAUUUCUGUACAUAAUCUAUAUACAGUAGGGUAUUACAUUUCAGACAAUCAAUUGAAUUGAUGGAUUGAUUGAUUGAAUAGCACUCGUAGUUCGUGUAAAAAAUCGCGAAAUAAUUAAAGUGCCUUUUUAAAGAAAAUAAGAGCAGCCAAUGUCACGAAAAACAGAAUCUCAGCAGAAGAUCUUCUUUUUUUUGCUAAUUGAAUGUGGCUUACACACACAAAGUCUGUGAUUCGUAUUUGUAUUUAUAUAAUAAUAUUGUAGGACAACUUGUUUUUUUUUAUUUACAUAUAAUAAUUAAUAAAUUCAUCUACUGCUAUGGCGAAAAGAGAACAGCAAUUAUAAUGUUUAUAAGAAU